AUGUACUACACCGACUUUGAGGGCUCUGUCUUCCCAGGGUGCUACUGGGGCAGCUAUGGCUACCCUCUGGGGUACAGUGUUGGCUGUGGCUAUGGUAGCACCUACUCUCCGGUGGGCUAUGGACUUGGCUAUGGCUACAAUGGCUGCGGGGCUUACAGAAGAUACUGGCCAUACGCUCUCUACUGAUGUGCUGCAAUCUCCCUGGCGUAGAUUCAUCCCUUCGUGAAGGCUGAGGGGCACC